CUUUUGUUAUAACGUAUCAUGCAUUUGACUUCCUACGGACGUAUGAGGUUGAGUUGCACCCAUUUCUGAGCGACAUUUGCUGUUCCUUAGGCGACUAGGCACGUAGCCUUUUCAGCACUGUUACUGAGCAAACAUUUAUCUAUAAUAACUAAUGUGAAAUGGCGAAGAAGAGGUCGCGCGAGGAACCGUCGCAACCUGAGACUGGCGAGACAGCGGCAGCCGGCACAAAUGAGGCAGCACCUGCAAAUGGCGACAGGCGUAAUGGCAUGGCAGAUGUUGCGCGGCGCAGGGCCGCGCACUUCGCUCACUUUGACGACGAAGACGAUGCAGUCGAGGACAAUGUCCAUGUCGGGAGCGACAAGGCCCGCACCCUGGGUCCCUGGAGCAGUGCCAUGGAGCUUGUGAACGCGCGCGAGAAGGCGCAGCAGGACCGCCAGGCGCGGCUGCAGGAGGCGGCGCCGGCGGAGCAAGAGGCCCUGUCCGAGGCUGCUGGGUGGGUGCCCCGCCGCGACCCCGCGCUGGGCCCCCACCUGGUGGACCCUGUGGCGCCGCUGUUCUCGCUGUGCCUGGACGUGCUGACGGAGUGGGUGGAGUGCGUGGAGUCGCUGGAGGGGGUGCCGGAUGUCAUAAAGGUCCGGCUGGCGGCCCACGUGUGCGCCCGCCGCAAGAUGAGCCCCGAGGUGUCCCGGCUGUUCGGCGCGGGUGGCCCCUCCGAGCUGGUGCUGCCCGACUGCACGCAGCUGGACGCGACAGCCAUGCGGGAGCUGGUGGGGGAGGUGGCAACCGGCAAGCUGCAGCGGCUAGAGCUCGGGUUCUGCGGAC